AUGCGACUUAACAUCCAGCUUUUGCUUCUUGCUCUCCUCUCUGCCUCCACGCAGGCUGGUCCCGUCAGUCGUGGUGGCAAGGAACGAAGGGACGAUGCUGGCGUCACGCCGACCCCGGUAUUCUCAACCAUAGAAGACGACCCACCCUUAGCAUCCUCAUCCUCGAUCCCAAGCAUCUCUCCCAAAAAGCCUUCAUCGGCCUCGCUGGGAGAGCCUCCGGCAUCGUCGUUCCCUGCGGAAGAGACGACACCAUCGGCCGAGCCAAGUCCCACUCCCAGUCUCCAGACGACAUCGCCCAUCAUCACAAGCACUCUUGAAGCACCACCGAGCCCGAGCUCAGCUUCACCACCCAUCGAGGCCAUCCCUGACGCAGCCUCGUCGGUUGUCCCAUCCAACUCGGAGGAGGUCCACCUACCCUCCAUGUUCAGCAGCAUCUCGGUGCCGGCGUCUCUGCUCGAUCCGAAGCCCAGUCCAACCUCAGCUCCGCCGCCUGUCAACUCUAUCACAUCGACAGUCUCGUUCGCGUCGUCAGCUGUGUCUGUGUCUUCUGUGCCUUCUGUGCCUUCUGCGCCCUCUGCGCCCUCUGCGCCCUCGGCGCCCUCUGCGUCUUCUGCUGCGCCAUCCUCAUCCCCGGACAAUGGCGUGUCCACGCCUUCGCCCAUCUUGUCCACGAUCACCGACGCCGCCCCCGUCCCAUCCAAGUCGUCUGCCGUUGGUUCCGCCUCCGAGUCGCUUCCGGUUGAGAUUGGGCCUUCUUCCGUGAAGCGAUCCUCUGCGAUUGUGGUUUCAGAAACACCUACUGCGUCCUCUGUCGCACUCGGAUCGACCUCAACAGAGGCACUGCCUCAGCAGUCAUCGACCGUUGCAGCCGAGCCUGGGACGUCUCUGUCGGUCAUCCCCGCCCCAGAGCCUUCCUCGGCUCCCCUCACGCCAUCAGCUUCAGCCUCGGAGGCUCCAGGUGUUGAAUCCUCCCGUGAGCCCAUUAUCAACCCCAGUCCUUCCACAACGACCGGGUCAGUCUUGACUACGAGCGAGCCCGCGACCGAGUCAUCUUCACUGCCUACGUCGGGACUGGCUCAGCCGCCUGCUGACCAGUCCUCCCCUUCGACUACACCAGUCAAGCCCUCGACGACGGCCGUCAUCUCGCCUACCGGCACCCCGGACGCUUCUGUUCCCACGAACAAUGGUCCACCCCCCGACUCGACCUCCACUGUCGCGCCCGAUGUCGCAAAGAGCAACCUGGAGGAAGCCAAGAAAUUCCACCGCAUGUUCGAAUCCCUAACCCGACAGUCCUCCUGCACAGUGGGUCAGGCUGCCUGCGUCGAGGGCGGUAUCGGCUUCUGCAACACCCAGGGAUCCUUUGAUAUUCGCCCCUGUACAGCCCCCCUGACGAGCUGUUUCCCGCUGCCGUUGGAGAACGCUCCCGGUGUCAUGGUGGACUGUUAUGAGACCACCAAGGCGAGGGAGAUUCUCGGACUAUCUGAUGCACCUGAGGAAACUCCUGCACCUGUUGCGUCUGCUCCUUCUCAAGGGCCCUCUGCCGCCCCUCCGCAGCCCUCUGCCUCGCCCCCCGCAGUUAGCGACGGAAUCGUCGUUACCGAGAUCGUGACACCCACCGUCACCAAGAUCAUUGCCACGGAGACGGUCCCCAACCCCGGACAGGCCGAGACCCCACCCGUCUCCGCAGCCCCCGAAGAAACGACGACUACCAUCAGAGGCACCGUGGUGUCGACGGUCUUUGUUACUGUUGAUCCUCCAGCGGAGCCCACUCCCGAGACAACUCAGCUCGUUACCGUCACAGUCACGGCGUCCCGUUCGCCGCCGCCCCCGCCGGAACCCGAGACGACUGAGAAGACAACGCUGACGACCACCAUCCUCUUCACGCCGCCUCAGGAGCCAAGUCCUGCUCCCACGCCAUCCGCCGAGGUCCCCGCGCCCGAGCAGCCAGUGCCUUCUUCUGUGCCUGAAGGAAGCCCCUCGCCAGAACCAACGCCGUCCUUGUCCUCGUCCUCGUCGAUUUUUACGACCCUCGACAUCAUCUUCGUGCCCACCACUUUUCUCACCACAACGAUCAUGGCCAGCGGUGUCGUUAUCAACCCGAGCCCGACGCCGAGUGCGACUCUCGAGGCUGUGGCUACCGUCGCGGACGAGGCGCCGCCGCCUGUCACGGUGACGGAGACGCUCGUGCUCACUGUUACUGAGCGCGAGAGGAUCAUUGAGAGGGAGACAAUCACCGUCACGGCGACGGUCGGAGGUUCAGCCUAG